AUGAUUCUCGACGACAACGGCAACCUACUUGACUCUUCAUACUCGACAAUCAAGGUUGUCGGAGGUCGAGAGCAGGCCACACACGUGGACCUUCGCGAAUUUACCAUCAUCCCCGAUGGUACGGUUCUGACGACGGCUUACGUGGAGACUAAGCACGGCAUCGAAGGACCCGAGCGUGCGACAGAGCGGCCUCUUUGGGAUUGUGUACUGCAGGAGAUUGAUAUUGACACCGGCGAUAUUCUUUUCCAAUGGAGCGCGCUGGACCACGUCGACCUCGAGGACUCCUACAUCGACCACAAAGCGAAAAGUCUUACACCCGAUCUCGAAUUGCCCGAUUGGUUCUAUAUGAACAGCAUCGACAAAGACUUGCGAGGGAAUAAUUUGAUCUGCUCAGGCUUCACGUAUAGCAUAUACUAUAUCGACGGGACGAAUGGCGAUAUCCUUUGGAUACUCGGCGGGAAAUGCAACAUGUUCGAGGACAAGUCUGGUGGCCGGGCAUUGAACUUCAGCGGCCAGCACACUGCUCAAUGGGGUGAAGAGCCUGAUACUAUCACCUUGUUCAAUAAUGACAUCGCCAUCAAGGAAUCGCAGCGUCGUGGCAUGCGAUCGGUUAUCGAUCCAGACGCAAUGACUGUUAACCUGCUUGACGAAUAUCCCAACCCGUGGUAA